AUGGAUUGUUAUUGGGCUCUGCCUUUCACUGUUUUGCUCUCUUUCUCUGUCAUUUAUGGUGACUGCAAUACCCAAACCUUCAUAGUUAGGGUUAAUAACAACUUGAAACCAUCCGUGUUUUCUAGUGUUGAACAUUGGUAUAAGUCUACCCUUCAAGGCCUUAAUUAUUCCAACCCUUCAUUAAACUCUGAAAACCCUAAAACAAGCAGUAGGGACUUUCUCCAUGUGUACAAGACUGUUUUCCACGGUUUCUCUGCCAGACUCACCACACAAGAAGCAGAUGAAUUGAAGAAACACCCAGGUAUUCUCGCCGUCUUACCGGACCGAGUUCGUCCAAUUCACACCACUCGGUCACCUGAAUUCCUUGGUCUCUCCCCAAAUGACCCCAACGGCCUCUUAACAAAAGCACAUUUCGGUGAUAAUGUCAUUGUCGGAGUUUUGGACACUGGUAUAUGGCCAGAACGACGUAGUUUUCGCGACCAAGGCCUUGGACCCAUCCCUUCUCGUUGGAAGGGAGAGUGUACGGAAGGAGAGAGGUUCUCCAAAACCCUAUGCAACAGAAAGAUAAUCGGAGCGAGGUACUUCACCGCCGGUUUCGAAGCCAAAAAUGGCAUAAUUAACGGCAGUGCGUACUUCAAGUCUGCCAGAGAUUCGCUGGGUCACGGCAGUCACACGGCAUCCACCAUUGCCGGAACACAAGUCCCCAACGCCUCCCUCUUCGGCUUCGCAAAAGGUGUGGCCGCUGGAAUCGCGCCGAAAGCAAGAAUUGCUGUAUACAAAGUGUGCUUGAACGGCGGUUGCUUGGACUCCGACAUACUCGCCGGCUUCGACAAGGCGGUGGAAGACGGCGUGGACAUCAUUUCUAUCUCCAUCGGCGGCCUUCCGGCUCCGUACAACCAAGACGUUGUUGCCAUUGGCUCCUUCGGGGCAAUUGAGAAAGGAAUUCUCGUCUCUGCUUCAGCCGGUAACGACGGUCCCGCGAUGAUGACGGUAGCAAAUGUAGCUCCAUGGAUCACCACCGUCGGUGCCAGCACAAUAGACCGGACCUUUCCGGCCGAUCUUUUGUUAGCAAACGGUCAGGUUAUAGUCGGAGCUUCCUUGUAUAGUGGUAAGCCAUUACCCAAAAACACGUAUUUGCCCCUGAUGAGAUCGACUGCUUGUUUGAAUGGAUCACUGGAAAAGGAUAGUGUACGUGGCAAAAUCGUGGUUUGUGAUGGUUGUCCGAGUGAGGUCGUAAAGGAAGCUGGUGGGGCCGGUGUGGUUGUUGCCAACGUGGCACGAGGAGAUGAAAGUCUAAUUGCGGAGUCUUAUCCGAUUCCGGGGAUGGGGAUCAGGCAUUCAGCACGUGAAACUGUUCUGCGUUAUAUAAACUCUUCGACCAAUCCGAAGGCAACAAUCAUUUUUCGUGGGACCCAAGUUGGGGUGAAACCGGCACCUGUGGUUGCCUAUUUUUCAUCAAGAGGUCCCAAUACUAUAUCAAACUACGUGUUCAAGCCUGACGUUAUUGCGCCAGGUGUCAACAUCCUAGCGGCUUGGACUGGCCACAUGGCGUUUAAUAUAAUUUCGGGUACGUCGAUGUCCUGCCCGCACGUGUCGGGGGUCGCCGCAUUGCUCAAAGGGGCGCACCCAGACUGGUCACCGGCUAUGAUCCGGUCAGCCAUGAUGACCACAGCUUACACGCGCGACCACGAUGGAAAGCCCUUGCUUGAUGAGAAUUUUUUAAAGAAAGCGACUGUGUGGGGCAUGGGUGCAGGACACGUGGACCCAAAUAAGGCAGUUGAUCCUGGCUUGGUGUAUGAUCUGACGGUGCAUGAUUACUUGGACUUUCUUUGUGCUUCCAAUUAUAGCCCUCGUGAUAUAAUCCAAAUCACCCAUAGACGAGUGGAAUGCAAAAGGAAGCAAUAUAAACCGUGGAAUAUAAACUACCCGGCAAUCGCUGUUGUUUUAAAUGCAUCAGGGCCGUCAAAUUCGGAGGUUGUUGUUAGUAGAACAGUGACGCAUGUUAGCGACGGUGCAUCCAGUUACAAGGUAAAAGUUUCAAAUCCCAGAGGUGCAAUCAUGACCGUUGAUCCCCCAAAGAUAGAGUUUCGACAGAGGGGUCAAAAACAGAGGUUUGUGAUUCGGAUUUUGGCUAGAAAAUCGGAUUCGCCACCUGGAAUCGUUGACACUCAACUGGGUAAGUUGACGUGGACAGACGGGAAGCACCACGUCAAUUCACCUGUGGUGGUCGUGUGGGAAUAAAUGCAUGAAUGAUAUAUAUAUAGUUUGUGAAUUUGUACUGAAUUUACGAAUAAAAUACACGAUAUAUAUUAUGAUUUUUUUUUUUUUUUUUUUAACUAUUCCAUUUAAGAUUAUAAAAUUAUAAUGUCACGUUUAAAUUAUAUUCCCUUUUUCAUUUUUUUAAAUAUAAAUAACACACUAACAAUAUUGUUGUGACUCAAAGUUUCAGCCACCUAAAUUAAGAACUUGGCUGUAAAAUCUUUA